GAUGAUGAGGAUGGGGAGGGAGAAGAUGAUGCCGAAGUCCAGCAGGAGUGCCUGAAGAAAUUUUCAACACCUGACUACAUAAUGGAGCCAUCGAUAUUUAACACCUUGAAGAGAUAUUUCCAGGCAGGAGGUUCUCCAGAGAAUGUUAUCCAGCUCCUCUCUGAAAACUACACUGCAGUGGCUCAGACUGUGAAUUUGCUGGCAGAGUGGCUCAUUCAUACAGGUGUUGAGCCGAUGCAAGUGCAGGAGACUGUAGAAAACCAUUUGAAGAGCUUACUUAUCAAGCAUUUUGACCCUCGGAAAGCAGAUUCCAUCUUUACAGAGGAAGGAGAGACUCCAGCCUGGCUUGAGCAAAUGAUAAUACAUACAACGUGGAGAGAUCUCUUCUACAAGUUGGCAGAGGCCCAUCCUGACUGUCUCAUGCUGAAUUUUACUGUGAAGCUUAUAUCUGAUGCUGGAUAUCAAGGGGAAAUAACCAGUGUUUCAACAGCAUGUCAGCAGCUGGAAGUGUUUUCCAGGGUCCUGCGGACAUCUCUGGCAACAAUUUUAGAUGGAGGAGAGGAAAACCUUGAAAAAAACCUCCCUGAGUUUGCUAAGAUGGUGUGCCAUGGAGAACACACUUACCUCUUUGCUCAGUCCAUGAUGUCUAUACUGGCCCAGGAGGAGCAAGGAGGGUCAGCAGUCAGGAGGAUUGCUCAGGAGGUUCAGCGAUAUGCUCAUGAGAAAGGUCAUGAUGCCAGUCAGAUCACUUUAGCCCUGGGUACUGCUGCCUCCUACCCUCGAGCCUGUCAGGCCCUUGGUGCAAUGUUGUCCAAAGGAGCUCUGAAUCCUGCAGAUAUCACUGUCCUCUUCAAAAUGUUUACAAGCAUGGACCCACCUCCAGUAGAACUGAUUCGAGUACCUGCCUUUCUGGACCUCUUCAUGCAGUCACUGUUUAAACCAGGUGCUAAGAUCAACCAGGACCACAAGCAUAAAUACAUUCACAUAUUGGCAUAUGCAGCCAGUGUUGUGGAGAUGUGGAAAAAGAACAAGAGAGUCAGCAUAAACAAGGAUGAACUCAAGUCAACCUCAAAAGCCAUUGAAACUGUUCACAAUCUGUGCUGCAAUGAGAACAAAGGAGCAUCAGAGCUGGUGGCAGAGCUGAGCACUCUCUAUCAGUGCAUCAGGUUCCCAGUGGUGGCUAUGGGUGUGUUGAAGUGGGUGGAUUGGACAGUGUCAGAACCACGAUACUUCCAGCUGCAGACUGAUCACACUCCAGUUCACCUGGCACUACUGGAUGAAAUCAGUACAUGCCACCAGCUGCUUCACCCCCAAGUUCUACAGCUUCUUGUCAAGCUCUUUGAGACAGAGCACUCACAGCUGGAUGUGAUGGAGCAGCUGGAACUGAAGAAGACUCUCUUGGACAGGAUGGUGCACUUGCUCAGCAGAGGUUAUGUCCUGCCUGUUGUCAGCUACAUCCGCAAGUGUCUGGAGAAGUUGGACACGGAUAUCUCGCUCAUCAGAUACUUUGUGACAGAGGUGCUCGAUGUGAUUGCUCCUCCAUAUACCUCAGACUUUGUGCAGCUCUUUCUUCCAAUCCUGGAGAAUGAAAGCAUUGCAGGUACUAUCAAAACAGAAGGUGAACAUGAUCCUGUCACAGAGUUUAUAGCUCAUUGCAAAUCUAAUUUUAUUAUGGUGAACUAAGCAGUGGAAAAUACCCAGAAUGCAGAGCACGUGAUCACCACUUUGCCAUAGUCUGUACCAGUGAGGUUCUGAACUGGGCAAUGCAGC